AUGGAAACCGUGGCCGUUGGCAAGCGAUUUCCAGAUGGUACGAAGUGCAACUUUGUGCACUUCGGAUCGCCACGAUCCUCUCCGGCACCUGUCGCUCAUGCUCAUACUCGUCAGCGAACCAGAAGCGCCCACCUGCCGGUGCCAAAGCGCUGUGUGUGCAUGGUUGUGAGCUGUAGCAGCACCCGUGUCAAUAAGAACUGUGCUCAGUCAACUUGCCGCAAACACUGCAGGCGCCUGGGUGGCUGCCACCUUUUUGACCAUGUUGGCGAUCCAAAUGGCGCUGAAGGGUUGGAGCUCAAAGAUGAUCCUGGGCUGCCAUUAUGUGACCUUGGUGAUGAUGAGUCCCAUAUUCCUGCAUCCAUCGAGCAUCUGUCACAUUCGCCAUCUCCUCAGCUGCAUGGCGUAUCAAGUGUUGCGCCCAUUGUCGAGGCUCACAUUGAGCAUCCGCCUGAUGACCUGCAAGCAAAGAAGCCAACAAGGGCUCGAACUAUACCUGCACACAAUCGUCCCUCCCCGGAGGAUGGCCCUUGCUAUCAUAUGCAAAUGCCUGAGGUCUUCACAGCGCAGCUAGCAGAAACAUCCAAACGUGAGGAAGAACAGCGUCAGCGCUGUGCUGAUGAGAUCGAGGCGCAGAAUCGUGCACGGUACCAUACAGUUGUGUAUUCCUGGGUAACGGAUGUUGGUCAGCCCAACGUGUUUGAGUUCCAGUCGGGCACAUCGUCGUUUACUUGGCCACACUUAUCACUAAAUCAGCAAGUUAUAUCCAUGAUGGGACUUGCCGCUGCGAGGGUCAAUGAAGGGGUGGGCGCCACCUCCGUCAUUCAUGUAUGGAAUCAUCGACGACGAGAAUGGCAAGGUGUACAGCCAGACUACCUUAUCACUGUUGUCGAAGGCCAGCCUGUCCUCCUGAAGAACCCAAAUGUAACUCAAUGUGUGGAUCUCGAUAGCUUCCGUGAGGAGCUGCAUCAGCACCAUAAUGUUUUACCUGCACCUAACGAAGUUGUCUUCCAUGCUCAUUCUCGUUCUCAGCCACGUCACACUCAGGACGAUGUCAAGAUGAGCGCCUUGCCAUCUGAGUUGGAGGUUGAGGCCUUGUUGCUAUCAAAGGGCAAGGGUAAAGCCAAACAUCUGUCGGAAGCUUCACCUAGUCCUCCUCCUGCCAAGCCUUGUUCCAGACAACCCUCCUUAUCAUAUUCAGCAUAUUCAAUUUCAUCUUUUGGGACACCAUCUCCGCCCCCCAAACCUUCCAAACGAAACAUUCGCUGUCGCAGUCCACAUAGUCCCACAACCAGUGUGGACUCCAGCCCGCCUCAUACUCAUUGUAAACCACUCGAAUGGGCCACUGUACGCCCUUUGACAGGUUCUUCAAGGGCUCAUGCAGCCAUAUCUGGAGGCACACACUCCGAUCUGAUUGAUGUGGACAACGAUGUCAAGAUCUGGCCAGGAGAUUUCUAUACCUGUGAUAUUGCCAAGGGCUUCAGACUUUGCGAGACGAUCAGCAAGUGUCGCCAAGGUGUCGCCAAGGUGUUCCAGAAGAUGUUUGGGGUCCCUUACGCUAGUACAACAUUUCAUGCUCACAAGAAACGUUGGGCGGAUGCACCCGCCAACAUUACAGAUAGGUUUGUCAAGGCUGGGCGGACAGAAGACGGUUUAUGGUCCAAGUUCAUGGCAGAGACCCGGUCCUGA